AUGGCUGCGUCAUCCUUAAUUUUCACAACUUUGCUGGUGGGCUUGACGUCUGUUGCAUCAGCCGACCCCGUACUCAUUCAGAGCUGUGACAAAGUCACGUACCCCAAUCAGGUCCUUCUCAGAGACCAAACCGAGUACACCUCGGAAAAGGCGGCUUUCUGGUCCACAAUCCAAGGAGCAGCUUCUCCCGCUUGCUUCUUUACACCUUUGAGCGCACAAGAGGUUUCAAAGGCUGUUUUGGCUGCCCGUAAUGGCCAAUGCCAAUUCGCCAUCAAGAGUGGCGGUCAUUAUUCUUUCGAAGCUUCUACCAUUGAGAACGGGCUCGUUGUCGAUCUUGCUCACUUGAAUCAGACAACUGUUAGCAAUGACAGAAAGUCUGCCAUUAUCGAGCCUGGAGCGAGAUGGUCUAGCGUCUACCCCAUCCUUCAAGAGUACAAUCUUACUGUACCCGGCGGCCGGAUGUUCGACGUCGGUGUUGGCGGUCUCACAUUGGGCGGAGGAAUAUCGUGGUUGAGCAAUCUCCAUGGACUCACUUGCGAUAACGUCCUUGAGUACGAGGUGGUCCUAGCCGAUGGCCAGAUUGUGACAGUGACUUCCUCAGCGUACCCUGACCUGUAUUGGGCUCUACGUGGUGGUGGCAACAACUUCGCUAUCGUCACCAAGUUCAAGUUCAACGCCUUUGAACAAGGUAAACUCUGGAACGGCAAUUUGAAGUAUUCCAGCAAAACCAAUGUCUCUGCAAUCGCCGCCUUUGCCAACUGGGGCAACCACCUCGUCGAUACGGACCUCAAAAGCGGCGGCGUGCUCCUCUGGGAUGCUCACAUCGACAGUCCACCUACUGGCACUGCAAUUCUAACACAUUCGGACACUUUCACCGAUGGCAAACACCCAUUGGUUUUCGAUGAGUUUUAUGAGGCCGGUCCAAGAAACAUCUCAGCGGGUAACGCAUAUCAUGCCGAGAUCGUUGACGGGCUUGUCUUCCCUGGAGGUGUCACCCGCAACUCCUUCUGGACGACUUCCUUCGAGCUUGACGCUGAGAUGAUGCAGACCGCUUUUGACACCUGGAACGAAGAAUCCAAGCCCAUUGCUUCCAUAGCAACCCAGCAGCUGCAGCUUCAAAUAUUCACCCGCGCCCAAAUGAACUUCAUGAAGGCAAACGGCGGGAACCCAACGGGUCUGGCUGGUCAAAAUCGACCUGUGGGGUUCGUCAACAUCGUUGCCAUGUGGCAAAAGGCCGAGGACGACAAGACGGUCUAUCGAGUACAGCAGCGCAUUGAAAAUCGGAUCAACGCCGCUGCAAAGGAGAGAGAACUCUACAGUAUCUACAAAUACACAAACUACGCCAGCCAAUUCCAGGACCCCUUCACAGGUUACGGAAGUGUCAACAAGGCGCGCCUGUUGCAGAUUGCGAAGAAAUAUGACCCCGAAGGUGUCUUCCAGACCUUAGUAAGCGGAGGUUUCAAGCUCACUCAUGGUUCCCAGGAGUUGUAG